CUUAGUACGUAUCAUACGGAUAAAUAUAAUGACCGAUUCUGCGCCAACCGCAUGGUAUAUAGCGUAAAUUGUGCAUUGCAUAUUUUUAAAUAUAAUGCAUUAAAUAAAUAACUAUUUUGAUUGCGAUGUAAAAUUAUCCUCACAAAAUACAUUAGCUGGCAAAUAACCUAAAAUGGCAGAACAGCAACAACCAACUCCUGAUUUUAAACGCAUGUCUUUGGAUAAGAUAAUAGAGGCAAUGACUGCUGAUUUAGAAAGUUCUAAUGGCCAUUAUGUUCAGUUUGGAAUAUCACCACAACAAACUCCACCGCAUAAUUGGAGUGACUAUCCUUCUGCUCAAACAAGACAUUAUAUUGGUAGUCGACCUCCACAUCCUAUCCAAUCUCCACAAAGCGUGCAAUCUAUGAGUCCAAUUGCAACUUCUUUAUAUAUGCAAGAUAUGCCAAAUUAUGAUAAUACUAAUACCGAUUCUAUUUAUUUUCCACCUCAAACUGUAAAUCAUUUAGGUAUUAACGAAAAUAAUGAUUUAGUGGGAACUUUUGAUGUUGGUGGAGGAAAUUAUAUCAAUGUUAUUUAUGGAAAUGCAUCACAAAUAAUGGCAGAACAAUGUCAGCUUUCAAAUAUGACACCUUAUAAAAAUCAAGGUGUAAUGGACAGAGAAUAUGGACUUUUUAAUGAUCAACGUAUGAAUAUACCAUCUGAUAUGCCAAAUCAAAAUUUUAAUGGGAAACAACUAAUUGAUAAUCUUGUCUGUAAUUGGGUACCAAAUCAAUCAGGAACAUAUAGUCCUUUUGGUGGUUCUCCAAAUGUAACACCAGUACCACAAUCUAAUACAGAUGUUAGAGAUUCUGAAGAUUUACCUAGAAAUAUAUCAGAGAGUCACUAUAAAAGACCACGAAUGGUAGCAGAAGUAAAACCUAUGCGUCCUUCUUAUUCAGAUGUAUUAACAAAAUCAGCACCAACUCCACCUUCUCCAUUAAUUCUACCAUCUACGAAACCUAAAGUUGAAUCUGUGACCAAAAAAGUUACUAAUAAGAGUUCUAAAAAUAAAAUUAAACCUACAUCAUUAAAGAGGCAGAAUUCAUCAGGGAGUGAUGAUCACAAUUCCCCAAAAUUUCAAGUUCCCAAAAAAGUAUUAGAAAAAAAUAAUUCUAAUCUUCCAAGACGAUGGGUUUCUUUAGAUAAUCUUGGUUCACAAACUGAAUCUCAUGAAAUAAAUACUUUUGAUAGAUCAGAUCAGUUUGAAAAGAAAAAAGUUUUGAAAACUUCUAAAAAAAAUGACAAAAAUGAGACGCUUAACAAUUCAAAAAUUCAAAAUAAUAACUCAAAAACGACUGGCAAUAUUCCAAAACGUCCAAUACAAAUUAAUAACAAUUUAAAUACAAUCAAUAAUUCCAGUCAAACAAUCUCACCUGAGAAAAUUGAAAAAAAUCAGCAGCAAAAUAAUAAAAUUAAUAAAGAUGAUAAAAAAGUGACUAAGGAAAGAAAUUCUAAGCGCUUCCAAGCUGAAAAAGCACAGCAGAUUAAGAAAGGUCAAAGAAGUCGUAGAAAAGAAUAUAGAGAAUCUCCUAUUAAGGAUCUAUGUAAAAAUUUAAAUAAAUAUGCAAGUCGAUGGAGUAAAAUUGUGUUAAAGAUUUUCUAUUGGUUAUUACACUUAAUAUCAGAUGUAGUUAGUAUGAGUGCCAAUCUUGUUAUUCAACUUGGCAAAUGUGCUUGGUACCACUCUAUACUUUAUUUAAAAUACUCAUGGGUUUAUGUAGUAACAAUGUUUUCAAAAAUACGUAUUCUUAAUGCUUUUGGCAAACAAUUAGAUUAUUGGUUUGGAAGUAGUAAAUUUGCUUUUUGGCGUAAAAUGAAGACAGAAAAUGAAGACAAAGAAGAAAAUUCAAAUUGGAUACAUGGUGGACUUGAAGCUAAUAUUGCAUUACCUAGUACUGGAGAAGAAGCUAUGAAGAGAUUAUUAGCUUGUAAAGGCAAAGAUCCUUAUAGUAUACUUGGUGUUACACCAACAUGUUCUGAUGAUGAUAUUAAAAAAUAUUAUAAGCGCCAAGCCUUUUUAGUGCAUCCAGAUAAAAAUAAUCAACCAGGAGCAGAAGAAGCAUUCAAAAUAUUAGUUCAUGCUUUUGAUAUAAUUGGAGAACCAGAACGAAGACAAGCAUUUGAUCAAACAAGACAGGUUGAAGCUGCUUGGGGUGAAUUAAGUGAUUUGUUAUCCCAAUUACAUAGAAAAAUGGAACAAGCAGCAAAUACAAUAAGGUGUACAAACUGUGGUUUGAGGCAUAAACGAGUUCCGACUCAACGUCCUUGUUAUGCUGCCCGGUUUUGUGCACAGUGUAAGAUACGCCACAGUGCAAAAGAAGGUGAUAUAUGGGCAGAAUCUCGAUUAAUGGGAUUUCUUUGGCAUUAUUAUGCUUGUAUGGAAGGUGCAGUGUACGAUGUCACUGAUUGGGCUGCUUGUCAGGCCGGUAAUUUAAAGCAUCUUAGAGCAAACACACAUAGCGUUCAAUAUAGAAUUGUACUAGGUCAACGUCCACCGCCACAGACUUCUAACAGUGGUAAAAAACGACAACAAAUGGAUCCAAAUACAAGUGAAGCAGAUUUUGAAGAAUUUUUAAAUAAUCUAUACAACCAUAGCAAGCCUGGUAAUCCUAAUACAUCAGCAGAGCAAAGUUCCUUUAGAGGAGAUUGCAGAAGACGAAAAACCAAACGCAAGAAGUAAGCUAAUUUGUGGAAAGAUUGCAUUAACAGUUAAUUUAUUGUAACAUUGAAAAGUUACUAAUGCUAGAUUUCUUGCAUCACACACAGGUACGUAAUUAGUAGAUUUUAAGAACAUUUAUUUGAUUUAAAUACGACAACGUUUUACAAGGAAAAACAAUCUAAAAUCUCCAAUGAAUUUUAUUUUAUUUUAAUUAACGUAUUAUACAAUAUUAAUUUGUAUAUUAUUCUAUACAUAGAAAUAUUUACUAAGUACAUGUUAAAUGAACGUGAUGUGGAAUUAAAACAUUCUUAAAAAGAUGAUUACUUUAUUUAAAGAUACUCAGAAUGAUUUCAAUUAAUAUUAAUAUUAAUUAAUACCCCACUCUUUAAUAUAAUAUAUUUAAAACAUUUGAUUUUCUUUUUCUGUAUGCAGAUGUUUUUAAAAAAUAUUAAAUCAUUGCAUAGUCUCUUUUGUUGUAUGAUGAUUUUAUACUAUUGUGGUAACUAUCAUAAUCCAUGAUCUCUAUUAUUUAUAAUUAUUAGAUUAAUUAUCGGAAUUUUGCAAAUGUAAGACUGAUUUUCUUCUUCUUUGUUAAGCAUAUGUUGUAUUAGCAUUUAGAAAAUUUGACAGAAAAUCUACUGAAAAAAUUGAAUGAAUCUUAAAGGUAUAGUUAACAACUCUGCAAAUGUUACAUAUAUAUAGAAUUAAUUAGAAAAGUAUAACAUGUACAAAUUUUUUCAGCAUUGUACAAAGUGCAUUAUAAGUUAAGGUGCUGAAAGUAAUAUAAAAAGCAGAAAUAUUUGAUAAUUGUAAUUUACAGAGUAUAAUUGCAGAAACAAGAAAUAACAAUGGCUAAAAGUAUUAUUUCAAUGAUGGUAUUAUAAACUUUUUUGACACGUACGUAUGUAUAUGUAUACAGAUCAAUGGUAGAUCAUUGCAUUAUAAUUAAUUUGAAUUGUGAGAGUGCCAAAGUAUGCCAGAAUUUCAUAUUCAUGUUCAUUUAAGAAUUUUUUUUUAUAUAUUUAAUUAAAUUAAAGCUUCCUUAUUUGUACUGCCAUAAAUUAUAAAGUGCUUUGUAUAUGCAAAUAUAUCAGCUAUUAACAUGUAUACCAUAUGAAUUUACAAUAAAGCUAUAAAUUAGAUGUA